AUGGAUUACUACUUGAACCCACAGCAAGUCAUCUGCAGUUCUCUACCAGAGUUGCUAAUCGGAGACUGGGGAGAUGAAACGACUAAAGACCAUAAGCUUCGCUGGUACUAUCAAGGCCAAUUGGCUGAAUGGACUGAUUUCAACCUCGAUGUUGAUCAUUUCUUCAAGGCCCUCAAGGAAGCGUUCGAGGAUUGCAGAUUUGUGAUGAGUGACAACUCGCCGGAUAUCCUUUUGUUCAAUCCAUUCUUUCCAAGUAUAGAACACACUCAAGUUGGCGCAGAAAUUGAUCUCGAUGGUCGAUUCAAAAGCAACGUACUCGAGAAGGUCGCUAGCGUUCUCAAAAUCAUCCAGUAUCCCGAAUUUUUGGACAAGAAAACUGCUUUGAAUUUACCGACUCUCCCAAAAUCGAUGAGUUAUGGGAGCCAAAAGAUCUUCAACUUCAAGGACAAGAAAGCGCAGAACUCCGAGCCGGAUAUCAUCUUUAAGAUCCCAGGCAUGGGAGAGGUGGGACAGGAAGUUCGGCUCCUGUGUGAACUCAAGUCAUGCAGCACCGUGAGUAUUCACGGGAUGAUCGAAGAUGUGAGAAAAGAUCCUCGGCCCCCAGUGAACCGCCGCAGAAGCACCUUCCGCAAUCUGAUCGGCCAGGCUGUCCGGGACAUGCUAGCAUGGGGGAUCAGGUAUGGAGCUGUCUCUACCUACAACGAGACAAUCUUCUUGAGACUUGGCGAAUCAACGACCAAGCCUGGCGAGUACCGUGUCUACUACACACGGAAGCCCCUUUUGUCAUCAGACAAAGUGCAGUUCGACACCAACGGCAACAUAUCCGAAGAUGAGGAAGACAAGGAAGAGGAGGAAGAUGAGGAAGAUGACGAGGACAAUGAUUCAGAGAGCAGUGGGGAAAUUGUAGAAGGAGAGAAAGGCGAUGACACGUACAUCGUUCUCUGA